AUGUCUGUGGAGGACUUUCAUUUCCUCUUGGAGAAAGUGGCUCCACACAUCACAAAGAAGGACACCCAUCUUAGAAAAGCCAUUAGCCCCAAGGACAGGCUUUCUGUUACACUUCGGUUCUUGGCAACAGGCGAAACCUUCAACUCUUUAAGUUUCCAGUAUCGGAUUGGAAGCACAACAACACUUAGCAGAAUUGUAAUGGAGACUUGUUCAGCCCUAACUUCUGUACUACGUGAGAAAUACUUGAAGACACCAAAAACAGAAUCUGAGUGGAAGGCCAUUGCAAAAGACUUCGCUGACAAGUGGCACUUUCCCCACUGCUUAGGGGCUGUGGAAGGCAAACAUAUCUUCAUUCAACCCCCUGCCAAGAGUGGUAGCAUGUUUUUCAACUACAAGUCCAGGUUUUCUAUUAUCCUUAUGGCUGUAGCUGAUGCCAACUACAGGUUUGUUUAUGCAAGUGCAGGAACCCAGGGCAGAGUGUCAGAUGCAGGUGUGUUUGCCCAGUCAGACCUGAGGGUUGCUAUGGACACUGGUGUACUGCAUCUUCCCCCUGAUGAUACCCUACCCAACAUUGAUGCUGUGAUGCCCUACAUGUUCAUUGCUGAUGAGGCCUUUCCGCUCAGAAAGGAUGUCAUGAUGAAGCCCUAUCCUUUUCGAAAUCUGAACAUUAAUCAGAAGAUUUUUAAUUACCGUCUUUCCAGGGCACGCCGUGUCGUUGAAAAUGCCUUUGGAAUUUUGACUAAUCGAUCUGAUGCCUAUGUGCCACCUGCCUACGUGGAUUAUGAGAAUGCCAACCAUCAUCUUAUUGAAGGAGCAUGGAGGACUGAGGGAGCACUACAGACUGCAUCAAUGGGAAGGGCAAGAAACCCCCCAGUGGAAGCAAAGAAGCAAUGA